AUGGCAGAGGGAUCGGGAGUCAAGAAGCCCUCCUCCCGGCUGACCACGGUAGCCGGCUGGGCCCAAGCCUUCUGCCGGGCCUUGGUGCGUUUUUGGAGCAACCAGCUCGCCUGGCUGCUGGGGGUGCCAUGUCUUCGCCGGGCGUACCACCUGUGGCUGGCAGCCGUCGUCAUUUUCGGGCCGCUGCUCCAGUUCUACGUGAACCCGCGGGCCAUCUUUGCAAACCACCACAACUACUUUAACAUCAAGUUUGUCCGGUCCGCCUGGGGCUGGACGUGCAUCUUCCUGGGGGGCUUCAUCCUCCUGGUGGUCUACCUGGCCAGCCAGCGGCUCCUGCUGACCCUGCGCCACCUCUGCCGGCUGGCGGUGGGGGCCGGGCUGUGGCUGGGGGCCACGGAGGCCUUCCUGCUCAUCGAGAACCUCACUGGCUACUGCUUUGACUCCGUGCCUGUGGGCGUCUUGGUGAACAACCUCCCGGACAAGCGGGCCUGCCUCCGCCAGGGCCACCAGUGGCACGGCUACGAUGUCUCCGGCCACACCUUCCUCCUCACGUUCUGCUGCCUCCUCAUGGUAGAGGAGACCUCCGUCUUCCGGCGCUACCUGGCCCAGGGCUACCCUGCUGGCGUUCCCCUCCGCCUCAUCUUCCUCCUCAACGUCCUCCUCCUUGGCCUGUGGAACUUCCUCCUGGCUUGCACCGUGGUGUACCUUUACGAGUACAGCCACAAGGUCGUGGGGGCGGCCAUCGCCACCCUCUGCUGGUACCUCACCUAUCGAGUGUGGUAUCGCUCCUCUUGGUCUCCGGGGAGGCCAGGGGCGGGCCUGUUCCUCAAAACAGUGCCCGGAGAGGCGAAGAAACGGAACUGA